CUUCCGGGUUGACUGUCAUGGCAGCGCCCUAUAGAAUGCAGCAGUAAACGAUAACUGAACCCUUUUCCAUUGAAAGACAAACCUAGCUUUAGCCAUUUCGCGGAGCAGGGCCCAGUCAUGAAUCUCAAAGAAGUGUGGAAGUGGAACAAACGACUGUCCGCAGUGUACGCUCUUGGUAUCUGGACCAUGGUCGGUUCUUACGCAUACUUCAGAUACACAGGGCGCUUUGAGGACACGCCAGUGAAAGAAGUGGUGCAAGAGCCGGAAGAUCCGAACAAGGUUGUCUACCUGUCUGAUCACUCCAAGACUGUCAUCGUCUACAAGAAGGACUUUGUCCCGUACAGCACAAGGAUCUACAAUUUCAUCAAAUCCUUCAGCAGUCAACCUGGGCGUGGGGACGGUGACAAAUAGCUGCAUCAGGGCAAAGGAUGAUGGACACUGAACUUGCUAAGAGCAAGUUUUUCUAACGCACUAUGAAUGAAUGCUACUGUGCGUGGACAUCAUCUUUAUUUGAAGAACUUCCAGCACGCUGUCCAGGUUUGAGGGAGCUGCCAUUGUUUUUGGAUGCUAAUAAUCAGUCCUUAGACAUAUUUAAUAUGUCAACAGUAUUCAUUAGGCUAUUACUGUCUGAUUCAUCCAUACUAUUUCCUAAAUACAACUACUAAUGCUGUAUGAAUAAACUGAAUCUCUUCAUUAGGCAAGAGGCCCUAUUAUGAAAGUGUCCAAAGGUUUUGCAAUUUUUAUUUUUAAAGAUAU